AUGAACAAACGCGUCCCCGCCACGCGCAUGUCGCUACUCAAUGAGUCGGACGCCUCGGGACGGGAACUGCGGCUGUGGCUGCUCUCGGCCACGACCGUCCACGGCGUGACGUACUACCGCAUCGCCGGGCGCUUUGCUUCGAGUGGGCAGACGUGGGAAGUGAGUCACCGGUACUCGGAGUUCCUCAAGCUGCGGGACCAGCUCGCCAAGUUCCUGUCGGCGUCCACGGACAAGUGUCCCGGCUGCCGCAACUACCUCCACUCGAUCCAGCGCUUUGACUUUCCCAAGAAACACCUGUUUGCGUCGCGGGCACCGCCUGUGGUGAAUUACCGGGUCAAGGCCCUGCGGUCGUUCCUCAAUUUGCUCGCGUCGUGGGCGUUCAGUAAGACGCCCAAGUGCCCGACCUGUGGGGGCUCCGCUUUUGACAUGGUGCGGACUUUUGUCCUCGAGGGCGACAGCAUCUCGUCGGACAAUGCCGAUAUGAAUGCCAUUCGAGAGUCUGUGACAGUGGCAGCGUUUGCGAAGCCGAAUCCAGCGAGUUCGAGAGGCGACGUUGGGAGCCAGAGCUGGAUGACGGCGAGCUCGUCGGGCGACGCUGAUACGACGCAGAGCAUGGAGGGGAUGCUGCCAGAAAGUCAGCAGAAGGGACUCCGUGACGAGCCGUCGACCGAUGCACCGGUAACACAACAACAGAGAGCACUGCAUCACCAGCGUUCUCAUGAUCAAGCGUCGAGUGGUCGCCGACUGCAAGCGCAGGAAAAGCGCUACCAGGACGACGAUCCCUAUGAUGCGUUCAACGACUAUUUGCCAGAGAGACUGUCGAAUAUCAAGAAGAUGACGCAGUCGAGCAUGGAGCAAAAGACCCAGAAGGGCAAGUUCUCGUCCAGACCGCUGCACGAAGUGAUGGAGGAGCGACACCAGCACGAGGAGAACGACGACGCGGCUCGUGCGUAUGAGGAGAAGCUGCGGAAGCUACGAGACGGGCCACGGUACGUCUCAGCACGCCGUCCAAUGGCAGACAGUGAGCGGUCGACCAGCUCGAGUGCUUUGGAGAGUCCGCGGUCGAGUAAACGGGGGGUGGGUCGCCACAGCUCCAACAGGGAGAGCUUGGUGUCGGACCAAAACACGGUUUCGACAGAGCCUGGGUUUGUUCAUGGCGACGACUGCGACGUCGGGGACGCCGAGAAGGAGGACAGGAGUUCCGCCAGUAGCGUAUAUUCCGGGGACGACGAGAUUGAGCUCACGGGCGUGGCCAUGGCGUCGCCCCAGCAUGUGCGCAAAAAGAGCAGCGCAGACAAUUUGUGGCAGCCGUGGGAGCUCUCGAAAGAGUCUGUCCAUGGCUCGGGUCGAUAG